AUGCGUACCCGGCAGAAACGCCUCAACUACCGAGUUCUGAAUGACGAGAGCGAUGGAGAGUCUUUGCCCGAGGAUCAAACCGACCAAUCAAGCAAGUCAAGCGAGCCACCGAGCAAUGCCACACAUACUCUCCCAACCUGUCAAAAAGACGCGGUGAUCCUCGCCAACAUACCAGAUUGCGAACUCCUACCUUCCGAGUCUGUGUCGCAAGUGCUAGUAUCCCAAGAGAGCUCAACGGAUGCUGGCACUUCAAUCACAAGCCACGUAUCCUCUCGAUGGUGUAAACGGCCAAGCGCCGGCUACAGAGUGGAUCUGGGGGUACUUCGAGACUACAGCCAUUGA